GGUGGCGACCACACUAGUUGGUGGGUCAAAAUUCUCUCGACUUUCAACUAGCAAACAUUUAUGUCAAGUGCGCAACAACUUACUGUUUUCUUUUUACGACGAAAUCAAUUUUAAGCAAAAUUUUUUAACUGUAGUGCUGCCGAAAUUAUCAAUAGACUGAAGAAGCUCUGUGUAUCAAGAAUAGUAUUAUCGACUAUAGACUAAAUUGAUCUUGUAUUGCGUUGAAAAACGCAUAACUAAACUUCUAGAAAAUAGCUCCAAACAUGUUUAAGUUAGCACAAAGGCUAUUGCCGCAGCAGCGUUUACUGCAGCGCCCUGCAUUAAUGCGUAGAUUUAUAUCAACCAGCGACGAAGUUAAAUCUGUGGAUACAAUAGGCGGCCUGCCCUCUGAAUUGGUCAUCGAGCAGAAGCUGAAGAAGACAACGAGAACGUUAUCAACGCUUCAAAAUCAUUCAGUGCCAAUUGCAGCGCGCGUCACAGUUUCAAAAGAUGAAAGUCGUGACUUUAUGGCCGUAUUUCCAGAUGUUGUCCGUGACCUAACCACCUAUACAAAGGGAUUCAAUUGCAAUGAUGCUGUCAAAUGGUUCGCCCAGGUCAUGCAAUAUAAUGUGCCCCGUGGCAAAAAGAAUCGUGGCAUCUUAACGGUGCUCACAUACAAAAAUCUAGUACCUGCCGAAGACCUAACCCCCGAGAAUAUAAAACUAGCUCAAUAUUUGGGCUGGUGUGUCGAAAUGCUGCAAAGUUUCUUCAUUAUAUCGGAUGAUGUGAUGGAUAACAGUACAACGCGCAGAGGCCAAAAGUGCUGGCAUCGGGUGGAAUCAGUUGGCCUUAUAGCCAUUAACGAUGCCCUUAUGAUAGAGAAUGCCUUGUAUGCGAUACUCAAGCAACAUUUCAGCCAUUUGGAUUGCUAUGUGGCUUUAAUGGAGCUGUUUCACGAGGUCACCUACAUCACAACUUGUGGACAAUCUCUCGAUUUGCUCAAUUCGAAUAAAAGUGUCUCAGAGUUUACUAUGGAGACGUACAAGGCAAUUGUGGACAAUAAGACGGCACAUUAUUCCUUCUAUCUACCCUUUGCUCUAGCCAUGCAUUUAGCUGGCUACAAAGACGCCGAAGCAUUUAGACAAUCAAAGACGAUUCUACUAGAAAUGGGCCACUUUUUCCAGGUGCAAGAUGAUUUUCUUGACUGCUUUGGCAAUCCAGAAGUCACCGGCAAAGUGGGCACCGACAUACAGGACAACAAAUGCUCCUGGCUCGCUGUGGUGGCUAUGCAGCGCGCCAAUGCGGAGCAGAAGCAAAUCAUGAUAGACUGCUACGGACAAAAUGACCCCCUCAAAGUCGAGCGUGUUAAGGCUCUAUAUAAAGAGCUUAGCUUGCCCUCUACAUAUGCCAUAUUCGAGGAGGAAUCUUACAAUAUGAUAAAGACUCACAUACAGCAAACAUCUCGGGGAGUGCCGCAUCAAACAUUCUUGCAAAUACUCAACAAAAUCUAUCAAAGAGACUCUUAAGCAUUAUACUAUAUGCAAAUAGUAUAUAUAAUAAACAAUAUAGAAUUUUAGUCUAAAUUGCAUUGGCAAUGGUAUAUGCAAUAAGUAAAACAUAGAAUUUUUUGAACUCACGAAAUAUGUUCUGCUUUUAAUCAUCAAUCAUCAAAAAAUCAAUCAAUCAUCUGUAAAAUCGAAGGGCGCAAAACGUUUACGAAAUUCAACAACAUUUGCUUUUUCCUCCUCAUUGUCAAGCAGACAAUCCUUCCAAUUCACUUUCUCAUCACAAUUUAACAAGUUCUCCGAACAGAAAACAUCUCUAUAAAUAUAAUUAUAAUAGUAUAUAAAUAUCUAUAAAUAAGCAAACCAUUUCAAGUCCAGGCAACACACCUGGCAAAAUGCAGCGGAAAAUGUUUCAUUUGUCGUGUAAUUAGGGCGGUAUCAUCGGGCAGCUCUGCCAGGAAAUAGGGACCCACUUCAGGUAGCAUUUUAGGUGAAGUCAAGGCGGGCAAUGUUUCAAAUUCUAGAUUAAAUUCCUCAGCUUUAUCCUGUAAGCGGGGAGAUAUUAUAAAUCGGAUAUUUAUGACUCAAUAAAUGAACUGUUAGUUUACAACUAUACAAAAAACUUGUAACGAAAUAUAAAUGUAGUCUGAAUAUCACCUCAAA